AUGCGUCCUCUACGCUCCUUGCUUCCAGCUGUGCUUUUUGGCACAGCAUCUGCCAAAAUGAAUUGGUCACCAUGCAACGAGACCGAGUCGAACCCCAUUUUCGCACGCUUCCAAUGCGCAACUUUGGACGUCCCUUUUGACUAUACCAAUUCCAACUCAACCGAUACACUUUCACUCCAGCUAAUCAAGAUCCCUGCACCGCUGGGAUCAAAGGGGAGUAUCCUCGCCAACCCCGGCGGACCAGGCCAACCGGGGCGCAAAGGAAUCGCGCAGCUUGCGUCGCCUCUUAUACCUUUGACCGGCGGCGAGUACGACCUUAUCUCGUUUGACACCCGAGGCACGGAAAACACCAUCCCGUUUGAGUGUACCCAAGACGCGAUUGAUCAAUUUGCAAUGUACAAGGCGAUCGUACCCGGGAAUAGCUCCGAGGGAGCGGUAGGGAUGCUCUGGGCGCGUGGGACAAUUGACGGCGAGCAGUGUGCAGCAAAUGCGUCGAGGGUCGGGUCCGUUCUGACGACGGCAUUUGUGGCCAGGGACAUGAUGCAGAUUGUGGACGCCCUGGAGGAAGAUGGGCUGCUCCGAUACUGGGGCGCAACAGUGGCGGCCAUGUUCCCGGAUCGAAUGGACAAGAUCAUCCUGGACGGAGUACAGAAUCCGCACGAGUACUACCAUUCAACUGCCAACAUCGAAGAAUGGUCAGAUGCCGACGCCGCCUUCUCCGACCUCUUUGCUCAUUGCGUCAAGGCCGGCCCCAAGCUCUGUCCCCUAGCAGCCCACAACCAGACCGCCGCAGCCCUGGAAGAAAUGACAUGGCGACUCCUCGACCGCGUCAAAACUCAUCCAAUCCCAGUGGGUCCAAUGCUGCUUGACUACUCUGGGCUGAAGGGCUAUUUCCAGCAAACUAUGUAUGGAAUGAGAAAUUGGCCGGCUUUAAUGAAGCUCCUCAACAAAAUUAUUUUUGAUGGCAAGUACGAUGGCAUGGAAAGCACCCUGCAGACAACAGCCCAGACCCUCAGCACAGACCCGGUGAUGCGCGAAGCAACCAGGAGGGCCGUUAUCUCACUCGCCGGUAUUUAUUGUGGUGAUAAUCAGGCCCGCACAGACUCACUGCUCGACUUCCUGCCUACCAUCAGGGCGCUCUACAACACGAGCCGACUGUCUGGGGACGGCGCCAUUGGAUCCUACAUGGGCUGUCAACAGUGGAAGAUCAAGCCCAAAGAGGUAUUCCGUGGUCCGUUUCAAGCAAAGACUAAAACUCCUAUUUUGAUCAUUGGCAACACGCUGGACUCGCACACACCACUAAAGUCGGCGCAUAAUGUUAGCGCUGGGUAUGAGGGAAGUGUGGUGCUUGAAGUCAAUGGAAAUGGGCAUGCUUCUAAUAGUGUGCCGAGUAUGUGUUUAUUUGAGAAGACAACGGCGUUUUGGAAGAAUGGCACUCUGCCAGAGGAGGGCACAGUUUGUGAGAGAGAUGUAGAGCCUUUUACAGGUGUUUGGUGGCCUGAGGUCCUCAAGGAGGGUGGUGUUGAUGAGGCUUUGCUAACUUACGAUUCUGGUGUUAGUACUUAG